AUGCUCUCAUCCAUAAUAUUACCGCUCUUUAUUGCAACAUCUGCCCUCGCCAGGCAAUACACUAACUCAUCUAUUGCUGCUGACACUACCACUUCAAAAGCUACUACUGUUACAUUACAACCAACAUACUCUGUACAACCUGUUUUAAGCACGUACACAUACAGUGAUGACACUACCACUUUCUUUGUCACCUCUACAGUCUAUGCUACCGUAUGGUACACUCCUUCAGCAGCUGCUACUGCCACAGCUAGAACAACGACAUUGACUCCUGCAGUAUCCAAUGAAGUUGCUCAAGUUGCUGAAACCAUUUCAGACUCCCAAACUACUUAUGUCACUACGAUCACUUCUACCUUAAGAAUCACGUUAUCUAACUUCUACGGUACCGAAAUUUCUUCAAUUCCUUCCAGUACGGCAGCUGCCAAUGCCAACUUGGAAAAUAAGAACGCUGCCGCAGAUGACUCCUCCAACAAUUCAGGUGCUGCUGCUCAAUGUACCCCUGCCACGCAAUAUGUAACCAUAACGCAGGAUCCAGUCACCCAAGUGGUCACUGAAACGCAGGAUCCAGUAACACAAUACGUCACCGUCACAGCCAGUUUUUCAGGUUUCAACUCAACCUCCUCUAACUCUACAGUUAACGGUACCUCAACUUACUAUUGA